AUGAAAACGUCGAACAACAGGAUUACGAGAUUCUUCCCAAUGCAAGUCCGACCCGUAACUCGCCAAUCAUCUACGGAUUUCGUCCCCAGCAGUGGUGGCUUCAGCAGCGGCCCAGCGGAAGGCGUUCAACGCUUCCAGCAAAGAAACGGGCCUGUUUUUCAGGCCGAUUCCAACUUCGAGAUGACCAAUCCAUCCGGAUUCCGAGGGUCUUCGAUUUUCCAUUCUGAGCGCCCACCACCGUUGAGUGGAACGUUGAAUACGGCCAAAAUUUCUUCUUUUGAUGCCGAUGAAAAUGAUCCGAAUCCGCCGCAGGUCCACACUAGCGUCUCCUCGGCGUUCAUCCCGAACACCCCUGGGGCGCGCCCCAUUCCACUACGCGGGCAUACCUUCGAACAGCAGCCGCAAGAAGGCCAAGGCGAACAGUUCUCAUUCCAAGAAGAUGGACAACCUCAACCGGAACACUUCGCGCCUGCACCUAUGACCCGUCCCUCAACAUUCAGCACAGAUGAUACUACCGAUACUGAUGAUGGUGGUGAAGACCAAAACAAGAAAUCGGAGGAGGAAAGCUCGGGCCCACCUACCGCUGAGGGUCCAGAUGGCAAGAUUUCGGAGAGCUCUCACGUGGCCGAGCCCGGAACUGGGCAUCACCUGCUCGCGGGCGCAGUACAGUCCGAUACUUUUGGCAGCUUCCAUCGGAGUCCGACAUCGAUUGGUGCCACCACCUUCGACUCAAAGGGCAUGGACUCGGCUAAGAAAAUGAGCACCGCAGUACACGAGACCCCGGAUGCCGAUCUGGUUAAACAGACCCAGGAGAGUAGACAUCGCGCCGAGGACCAGCAAACCUCCAGCUCGUUCAUCGACGACACCGAGCUGUCGCACAAGAAAUUCGAGAGUCAGGGAAGCCACUCGGCUUGGCAUACACAUCGAUCAAGACAUAAGACUAGUCAGCCCACGGAGGAGACCCAAGUGUUCCGCCUCGGAACUGGUAAAGGUAGUACGACAACUUUUGGACGGACCUCUGCGACCACAUUCUUGGGCUUGGACACCCCAACCACCGAGGGGAAACGAUUCGGAAAUAAGAAUGACUUCUCCACCCAGUUCAUGGACUUUGACCCAACGCAUUUUAUGACGAGCCGGAGCGCUCGGUGGAGGCGGAGUAUUAACGUGAUGGAGCCGGAAAAUAACGACAAGAAGCCGUUGAUACAUCUGCCUCCCUUCUCGGAUAUUCCGGUUCUUGCAAACGAACCCCUCGAAAUCGUGCCUCGUCUACCGCAAAUGAGCACCAUAAUGCCCCUGCUACAGCCGAAACCUCCCGUUGCGGAACCAGUAUGUCGAGAUCUGCUCGUCCUCUUCGAUACAACUGGCACCAGCCCGCUGGUCUUCAAAAGAAACCGAAAUCUCGUCAAACAAAUCGUCAAUUCGGCGAUAUUACCCUGGCAGAAAGUGGCUUCUUUGAUUGCUUUCUCGACGAUUGACAAGACAAAAGCUGUCGCCACGUUUGAGGAGCGGCUCGAUAAUUUGGGUUUUAUGAGGCGGAUUGAGGAAAUCGACUAUUUUGGUGGAGUUGGAGACGUGGCGAAUGCCCUCAAGAUGGCAAACGACCUAAUUGCCAAGAAUUCGAUGCCAGUUGAUGUCAUUUUUGUGUCUGAUGGCUACAGCUCCGAAAACUACACGGAUCCCCUUCAAAAAAUGCUGGCAAAUGAUGCGAAUCGUUUCUUCGUCUUGGCGCCGAAUCAUAAGAAGGUUUCGAGCCAACUCUCCAUCCUCGUCAACUCUCAGAACAUCUACAACAAGUUCGAAAACCUUGUCGGCUUGCGUGAUAACUUGGCUUGC